CUGCCCGGCCUGUCCGCCCGCCUUGUGUGUACUUAAGAGCGGACACAAUGUCUCCCCAUUGCUCUCCUUCUUUCAUUUUUCCCUGUUCCUGUCUCCGCAUCCCUUUUCCCUUCACACACAUUCAUCCCUGAAAACAGCCCUCACAUCUUCCACACACACUAUAUCCUCCUACCAAUCAACCCUACCCGAACCGCUCUCCAUCAAUCACCAUGAGUGGUUCGCACCGUCCCCCCACCUCUACCCUCCCAAACGGCGAUGCGCCUGCUGGCUCGGGUACUGCUGGCUCGGGUACUGCUGGCUCUGGUGCCACUAAUCCAAUCCUGUCAACGCAUCUAGAACCACUGCGCAUCGUUCCCUUCUGUCAUGAUUAUACACGUCCUCAGAUGAGCGAAUCGAACGCGCAAGCAUCCAUCUGGCACGCUGCUCAGCACGUCAACGACUGCGUCUCGUGUCUGUCACUAGAGAGACAGCCUCCUUUCUUCGGUAGCCAUGUCCAGGCGACCAAUUCCCAGCUCUCUUGGAUACUCAGUUCGCUCGAUAGACCCCUCAGCCCAUUGGUCCCAGCAACGUCUGAGAGGCCAGCCUUGGGUCUGGAGAACUACCGACGCCGUCCUCUCCACGAGUUCGACUACCUGUUCUACGCAACCUGCUCCAGCAUACGUCAACUCUACGACGAGCUGCAUCUCCGACUCAGGAGCGGCUUCAUAUCCCUCGAAACAAUGGUCGCCUGGCCCAAUCUUAGCAUCUGGCCUGACGUUGGCACCGUUCAGGAUCUCGUCACCCGACUCCAUGGUCUCUGGCUACUUCUCAUGAAACAGGACUUGAUAGCCGCAUUGCAAAUGCACGUCAAGAUCAACCAGUACCUCACCGGCCUGCUCUCAGAAGCCACUCCAUCCACGGAUCCCUCAAACUCUCAAACUUUCACCGACAGUCUAAGGGCCGUCGAAUCGUUGCGCGGUCCCGUCCGUCUUUUGCGCCAUGUGCUCUCGCAGGAUGGGCUGAUUGAGAUGAACAAGCUGGCGCCAGCAAUGAUUGCCAUCGAGAUCAAUCGCUACAUCACGCGAGAAAAAGCCCGACAGCAGUCAGAUGGCGGAGAACAUGUCCAGACAAGCAUCCAACAUGCCGGACAUUCCUCCUCCCAGCACGCGGAAGUCGCUGAUAAGCUACGUGAAUUUCUUCGUCGUCAGACCAUCCCCAAGGCCGUGUACAAGAUGCACGACGGCAGCACACACAGUUCAACAAACUCGACCGACUCUACCACCGACACAUCCCGCCCUUUGCCAUCCCGCACUUUGCCAUCCCGCACUUUGCCAUCCCGCACUUUGCCAUCCCACAUUUCGCCGUCCCGCACUUCGCCAUCCCGCUUGACUGCUCCCAAAUCGACGAGCCAAGACCUGAAAUGUCAAUGCAGGAAAGAUCCACGCAGCAGAUGCAUCUGUCUCAAGAGCUGUACCAAUCGCGACUUUGAGUCUCGUCGUCUUCCCUGCCCCUGUCAACUCGAUCCGGACUACGGCAAAAGGGGCGUUCAGAAUGCGGAGCCUCUCCAGGUAUACUCAAUCAAACCGCCUCCGGGACUGCCAGCCACGCCGACUGCAGCUAUUGCACAGUCUUGUCCUGGACUGCCAGCCACGCCGACUGCAGCUAUUGCACAGUCUUGCCCUGGACUGCCAGCCACGCCGACUACAGCCAUUGCACAGUCUUGCCCUGGACUGCCAGCCACGCCAACUACAGCCAUUGCACAGUCUUGUCCGAAGCCCCCUCCUGGGCUGCCCUAUCCCCCCAGGCCAUCAGGAUGCCUACCUGCCACCAAUCCCUGGCCCUGGGGCAGCAGCGAUGCCCAUCAGUCUAUGCCCGUAACUCCAACCAAGCCACGUAGCCACGCUCAGCAUUCCACGUCUCUAUGCAACAACUCCUCGAACAGUGUAUCGCCUCCCAGCCAGACUUUCAACCCUGAAGCGGGCCUCUUCACUCCACGCCACGAUCCUCCCCAGCCAGCAGCAGUCCGAUAUUACGGCCCAACCCAGACGUAUCCAGACGGAACAUCAUCCUUCAGAGACAUCAGCCCUAUGCCAUUCACCGCUGUCAUUCCAGGUCUCGGUCACAAAUACACAAAACCCCUGCCUCCAAUUCCGUCCUCGGGCACUCCUCUUCCCCGCUCGCAGACGGAACCAGCCUUGGGCAGUCAGUUAUCGCCUCAAAGCUCCGAAAGCGGACCAAGUCGCCAUGUCCGCGCGACCAGCCAGGACUUUUGCGCGCAGACUUUCAUCUCUGCGGGCGGGCCUGGCGGAGUCAAUGAUCGGCCGCUUGUCCCGUGGCACUUGCAAGCCCCUUCAUCAGAAUUUACGUUCAGCAUGGCCGCUGAACGAAUUCAGGCGACCCUACCACGACCCAGUCCAUGGUCCUCGUCCACGUCACAGCAGCAGCAAUCCAGGAACGCCGGCUAUGCUCGCCACCAGAGCGUCAGUCCAAUGGACGGUGACGAGACUGUCUCGCGUGCAUCGCCUGCCAAUACCGACCCUUUCACGUCUCCUGCCCGGUCGUAUGGUCCCAUCCAGCGGCCUGGUACAGAAGACUCGAGGAGAGCCCAUCUCCGCUCCACACUGAGCAGGAUUGGCCGUAUGAUUAGCAGCGGCACCUCAGAGAGGAAAGGAAAAGAGCCCGCCUACGAGCAGUAUUAAUCUGUACAGCACCUUGCCACAUACAACAACACCUUGUUUUGAGAAGGAACGAAAAAGAAAAAAAAAGUACUUUCGACGAUGAGCUGCUUUGAACAUACACACCUCCUUGGAGAUAUA